UGGAAAAUAUCCUCGGCUUGGUCUUCACACACUGUCAACGACCUGGACUGGACGUGUACAUGCAACUUCUACAGUAGCACAAACUUGCCGUGCAAGCAUAUCAUGCUGAUUGCUCAAAACGGUCAAAGGUUUGACUUCUUGCCUCCGUCGGUGGUCCACCAACGUUGG